AUGGACUCGGCUCCCGCCUCCGCCGCCGUGGCGUUCCCCAGCUUCGCCGAUGUCGCCGGCGCCGUCGCGCUCCUCUUCCUCGCCGACUCGUCGCCCGCGCCGUCCCCGUCCCCACCUCCUCCCAGUCUCAGCGACGAGCUCUCGUCCUACUCGGGUUCCUCCGCGUCCUACUCCGGCACCUCGGCGAGGUCGUGCGUGUCCGACUCGGCGCAGCGUGGUCGCCCCGUCGACCCCCUCCGCGUGCUCGCCGUCGUCGCCUCCCUCCGCCGCAUCGACCCCAAGGUGCUCGCCAGGGCAACGAACACGCUGUUUCAGGGAGAGUUGUCGAAGAAGAGGAAGGGCGUGUGGAUCCACAUCGACGACGAGGAGGACGAGAGCGAGAUGGACAGCGCUGUAGCCAGCGAGGGGAGCGUCGUCACGGGCGCCGCCGCCGCUGCGUCAGCAAGCUCCACGGCCACGUCGAGGAGAUCCCAGCGGCCUCCGCGGGCGAGUGGUGGUGGCGACCAGCUGCCGCGAAGGGCCGACUCGAUCAUGAAGUGGCUAUCGCGGCCGGAAGCGGUGCCAGCAACGGAGACGGCCAUCCGCGCUGCCAUCGGCGACAAUGCCGGGACAAGCAAGGCGCUGCGCUGGCUGCUGACGCGUCGGGGCUGCUUGCGACGUUCCGGAACUGGUGGCCGCCGUGAUCCGUAUGUUUACAUGGAACUUGGGAACCUGAUGAUCACUGCACAAUCAGACAUCACAGAAUGAUUUCUGAAAUUUGUGGUCACAGGCUGAUCCAAUGAAGUAAACUAAGUUGUGUUUAUAGCAAAUGAGAUGGUAACUUUAAAGCUACUGGAAUUGCCAAGUAACUUCUGAGCAGUGAGCGGUAUUUAGUAAUUUCUACUACCUGUUGUAUAGGCAUAGGGGAAACCAAAGUUGUCAUGUUAGAAAGAACUUGCAAAGACAUCAGUAAAUAUAGGCUACUGGAUAGAAAUAUAGAUAUAAGAUCGUAUAAGCAGAAAUUUUAGGUGAUCUCUCUUUAUAUUAAUGUAUGUUGAACUGGUAUAGUUAAGAAUAAUGAGUUCCAUUUUAAGAUAUUUUGUUUUCAGUUAAAUGAUGUCUGAACUUUUCUGUGAGAGUGAAAUCAUGUUGUUGAA